GUAUUGCUGUUUGAUAUGGUGCUUUAGCUUGUUUGCUAUUUGUUAUUUCAUGACAAAUUGGAGACUUCGAGAUGCAUCUGAAACAGAAUGUUAGGGCAACAAAAGCACCUUUGUCCAAUAUUCCCCCCAUGACAGCACCACCUAUUCCAACUGAACCUAUGAAUGAAGUAGUUGCUGUAGCAGCUGCUGUUGCCCCAUCACCUCUCCCACCACCAAAAUUCUCUCCAGAAAAAACCACUCCAUUUACAAAUGUCUCCUUUGGGAAGUUAUCAAAGUUAGCAGCCUUAGAGGCUUCUAGAGCUAGUAAUUACGUCUUAGUAUCUUCUCCAGUGGUAUGUGAUGCUCAUAGAGUGUAAGGAUCCAUUUUUCUAAAAUUUCAAAUCCUUUUUGUGCAGAUUGACUGGUAGAGCGAGCUAGCUACAGCCAAUUGUUGAUGAGAUUAUUGCAAAGGGGAUGAGUGGUUGGCCUUGGCAUCACGGGAAUUCACAACCACCAAUGAGCUUGCAAAAUGAUGUUCAUAGGCAGGCCAACCAAUUUGAAUUUUAAAUUCAAUAUUGCAGGACCUCAUGUUCUUCAUUCUGAAGAAUUGGGAAGACUUUUGAAACAAGCAGGUGCUGAUGUUCAAAUGAGAUUUUUCUGUAAGCUGGAACUGGAACGUAGAUGACCUUUUCCAAAAUAAACAAGCUUGUAAGCUAGAACUGAAACACAGAUGGCCUUUGCUGAAUUAUAUAAGCUUGUAGUCUGACUAAAUCAAGCUGCAGUUUUACAAGUUUUUAAUUUGGAAAAGCAGAACUUACCUUGUAAGUAUCCAAAUUACCUCUUUAAAAUUUUAUUGUGAAGCCUAUUUGCUUUGCUUUUGCUAUUGUUUAGGACAAGGAAUCAAAAUUGAUAUAUUAGGCUAUCUCUACCAUUCAUUUUACUUGAGCAAAAUUAUGCAUUUUGAUAAUAUACUAGUAUAUAUCUCUACUAUCUAUGAUUUUAGCCUUUGAUUUUUCUAUUUUCCCAUUCUUUUUUAAUGCUCCCUAUUGCUUGUGCAGAGGAUAUAGCAAAAUCUUGUUAGGCCUACGUAGGAUCCCAUUGUUUUGUGACUUCUUUUUUCCUUUUAUGUGCCAGAAGUUAUCUUCUUACCUCACAUUUCCCAUAAUUUUGGGGACUGCUUUCCUACAACUGUGUAACAUCCAACUUAGUUCAUGUCUUGAAUCUUGUAGCAUCUUAUUAAACCCUUUACCUUUUU